AUGACGCAGACAGAUGCAUGCCCAGGCCAGAGGAUGAAUGCUGAGGACACAGGCAAAUUAUUCCUGGGGAAAGGAAUCCCAAGAAUUGCAAAAGUUACGUGUAGAGAGUGUGGGCAAGGCUUUAGUGCUAAGUCAAGCCUUAUCACACACCUGAGGACACACACAGAGGAGAAGCCCUAUGUCUGCAAGGAGUUUGAGCGAGGCUUUAGCCAGAAGUCAGACCUCAUUAGACACCAGAAGACACACUCAGAGGAGAAGCCCUAUGUCUGCAGCGAGUAUGAGCAAGGCUUUAUUCAGAAGUCAUACCUCAUCAGACACCAGAGGACACACUCAGGAGAGAAACCCUAUGUCUGCAGGGAGUGUGGGCGUGGCUUUAGCCGGAAGUCAGUCCUCACUAUACACCAGAGGACACACUCAGGGGAGAAGCCCUAUGUCUGCAGGGAAUGUGGACGAGGCUUUAGUCAGAAGUCACUCCUCACUGUACACCAGAGGACACACUCAGGAGAGAAGCCCUAUGUCUGCAGGGAGUGUGGACGAGGCUUUAGCCGUAAGUCAGUCCUCACAGUACACCAGAGGACACACUCAGGGGAGAAGCCCUAUGUCUGUAGAGAGUGUGGACGAGGCUUUAGUCAGAAUCAGAAGGCAUACCUCAUUAAACACCAGAGGACACACUCAGGAGAGAAACCCUAUGUCUGCAGGGAGUGUGGGCGAGGCUUUAGUCAGAAGUCAUACCUCAUUAUACACCAGAGGACACACUCAGGUGAGAAGCCCUAUAUCUGCAGGGAGUGUGAGCAAGGCUUUAUUCAGAAGUCAUACCUCAUCAGACACCAGAGGACACACUCAGGAGAGAAGCCCUAUGUCUGCAGGGAGUGUGGACGAGGCUUUAGUGAGAAGUCAGUCCUCACUGUACACCAGAGGACACACUCUGGGGAGAAGCCCUAUGUCUGCAGGAAAUGUGGGCGAAGCUUUAGUCAGAAGUCAUACCUCAUUAUACACGAGAGGACACACUCAGGGGAGAAGCCCUAUGUCUGCAGGGAGUGUGGGAGAGGAUUUAGUCAGAAGUCACACCUCAUUAUACACCAGAGGACACACUCAGGGGAGAAGCCCUAUGUCUGCAAGGAGUGUGGGAGAGGAUUUAGUCAGAAGUCACACCUCAUUAGACACCAGAGGACACACUCAGGGGAGAAGCCUUAUGUCUGCAGAGAGUCUGGGCAAGACUUUAGUGAUACGUCACACCUCAUUGGACACAGGAGAAGAAAAUACUGCCAACACACACCUCCGUGUCCCCAGCUUUGA